AUGUUCUCUAGCAAAAGCUUGCUUCUUCUUCUUGUGGCCGUCCUUGGUUCCUCAUGGAUUUGCGGAGGCGGUUCCAAUGGACUAGCUUAUGCUUGCCCGUCGUCAUCCGAAGUACCUCAAACGGAAGUACCAUCAAAAAUUCAAUGCCCGGAGAUUAUAAUUCCGACGAUUUAUGACUUAUCUCCAGAAGUUGGAAAUAACUCGGUCACUGUUGGCAUCCGGAUCGGAGCCACAUAUCAUCGUUUACCUAACGCACCUUUUUACAGAGUAGAAAUGAGAGAGGGUUCAUCUAGUUCGAGUAUACCCGUCAAGAAUACAUAUUACGAAAAGGAAAAGAUAGUUAAUAAAUCAUUAACCAAUCAUUAA